UGCUGCUCCUGACAGAGCCUGGGCUGGGUCCCGUUACUGUCGGCGGCUCGCCAGAGAUGUCCAUGGAGGAGCAGGAGUAUUCCGACGCGGUGCUGGUGACUGAGGCCGGGCCUCAGUGGCUCCGAGUCGAGGUGGAGCGCCUGAGCCGGGAGCUCCGCGAGACGACCCACGAGAAGAUCCAGGCGGCGGAGUACGGACUUGCGGUGCUGGAGGAGAAACAGCAGCUCAAGCAGCGAUUCGAUGAGUUGGAGACGGAGUACGAGGCGGUCCGACAGGAGCUGGAUCAGCUGAAGGAGGCCUUUGGACAAGCUUACUCAAUCCAGAGGAAGGUGGCAGCAGACGGUGAAAGCAGGGAAGAGUCGCUGAUGCUGGAGUCUGCCAGUAAAGAGGCCGUAUACCAGCAAAAGGUCCUAGAGUUGCAGAAUGAGCUCCGACAGGCCAAAGCCACCCUUACUAGUGCACAAGCUGAGAACGAUCGCCUGUGCUCCAUCGCCUUGGAGACAAAAGAGAGUUCCGAGCUGGUGGAGCUGCAGCGCGGUCAGCUACGCGAUGACAUCAGAGAAUACAAGGUGCGAGAGGCUCGUCUGCUGCAGGACUACAGCGAGCUGGAGGAGGAGAACAUCUCUCUGCAGAAACAAGUGUCUGUGCUUAGACAAAACCAGGUGGAAUUUGAAGGUCUGAAGCAUGAGAUUCGCCGUCUGGAGGAAGACUCCCAGUGCCUGCACAGCCAGCUAGAGGAAGCCAUGCGUCUGAGAGAAAUCGCUGAGCGACAGCUAACCGAGGCCUUAGAGACAAUUAAGACAGAGCGCGAGCAGAAGGCCUCUCUACGCAAGCAGCUCUCCCACUCAAUGACCAUCAGUGGAUCCGUGUACAACAGCUCUUUCAAUAUCUCCCUCGACAACCUGAAGCUCCACGAAGACCCCUCCGCUGUCAGUGAGCCCGACAACGAUGACCUAAUCAGAGGUUUUGAAAAUGGUUUACUGAAGAUGGGUGAGGGUGAUGACGGGAACAAGAGAGGAGAGUAUUUUAAGCCGGCUCCUAGCCUAGUGGACGACCUGCUCAGUGAGCUCAACAUCUCUGAGAUCCAGAAACUGAAACAACAACUUUUACAGGUGGAGCGGGAGAAAGUGGCCCUGAUAAACUCUCUGCAGGACAGUCAGAAGCAGCUAGAACAGGCCUAUGGGACCGUGUCUGAACAAAAGGAAACGGUCAACAGGCUGACGGAGAAUCUCAGUGCAAUGAGGAAACUACAGGCCAGUAAGGAGCGCCACUCUGCCCUCGACAGUGAAAAAGACAGGGACAGCCAUGACGACGGAGACUACUACGAGCUGGACAUCAACGGACCCGAGAUCCUGAAGUGUAAAUACACUGUGGCCAUGUCUGAAGCUGGGGAGUUGAGGCAUGAACUGAAGACACUGAGAGCACAGUAUGAGGAGUGUCGAACCCAGUAUGAAGAGGAGCGAGCGCAGUUGGAGAGCGAUGUCCAGGACUUAAGGUCAAGAUUGGCUUCCCUGGAGAAGAUUAGCCAAGCAGAUAAAGCAGAGGUGAUUCGUCUGGAGAAGGAGCUCAAUCUGGUCACCAAGGCUGCAGGAGAAUCACUUGGCAGCCUUAACGUGGCCCAGGAUGAACUCAUAGCUUUCAGCGAAGAGCUGGCCAACCUCUACAACCACGUGUGCAUGUGCAACAAUGAGACUCCUAACCGUGUCAUGCUCGACUACUACAAGGAAGGCAAGGUCAGGCUAAGAAAGGGAAAUGAAGGGAAAGAGCAGCAGCAGUCUUUCAUUCUUAUCAGCAAUGGACUAAUAAGUGAGAGUGAAACUGGGAAGUCAGAUUCCGACGGCACCUCAGCGCCUCCAGCUCCAGAGCACCGCCCAGAACCCAUGAACGUCUAUAACCUCGUAGCCAUCAUCAGGGACCAGAUCUGCCAUUUGCAGGAGGCAGUCGACCGCACCACAGAGCUGUCACGCCAGAGGCUCGCCAAUCUGGAGUUGAGCACAGUGGCAGACAAAGACAAAGAGGCUUGCAUGGGAGAGAUCCUCAAACUCAAGUCCCUGCUUAGCACCAAAAGGGAACAGAUAGCUACUCUCAGGGCUGUGCUCAAAGCCAACAAACAGACGGCUGAGGUCGCUCUGGCCAACCUGAAGAGUAAGUAUGACAGUGAGAAGGCCAUGGUGACUGAGACAAUGAUGAAGCUCCGCAAUGAACUCAAGGCUCUGAAAGAGGAUGCUGCUACGUUCUCUUCUCUUAGAGCCAUGUUUGCUACAAGGUGUGAUGAGUAUGUGAUCCAGCUGGACGACAUGCAGAGACAACUGGCUGCUGCCGAGGAUGAGAAGAAGACGCUGAAUUCUCUGUUACGUAUGGCUAUCCAGCAAAAACUGGCCUUGACUCAGCGCCUGGAGGACCUGGAGUUUGACCAUGAGCAGGCACGUCGCAACAGUGCCUCAGCAGUGGGAGGCAAGGGCAAAAUAAAGGGCAAGGGAGGCUCUUCCGGCCAUCACUAAAUCUAUCAAGCCAAGUGGCCAUGAGGAGUUUCUGUGAGAGUCUGUGCUCCUGGGUUCUUCGCUCUCUAACCAUGGUCCUAAUCAUGACAUUGCCAACACAACAACAACAACAACAACAACAACAUCAUAUCAAACUGUAUAUGCGAAUGGUCCUUUUUUUUUUCAGUGCCAAAACAAACAUUUCCUGAAAGUGUCAAGGCGUGACUACAGAAAGUAUGACUGCACAUUAAUUGUCCUCUGUGACUUUGCACCGCUGUUGUUACUGAACCAGAGGACAAUUUCAAGAUGGGUGCUAUGCUAAUGACCCCAUUGCCUGUGUUGCCCUGACUGAGCACUUAUGGAUUUAUUUGCUCUUAUGUGAUUUGUCCUUCCUGUUUCAAGUAUUAUGUAAUGUUACGUAUGUGCAUGUUUAUAUAUGCCAAGGUCCUGAUAACAAUUUCAUAAUGUUCAGUUUCUGUCUUUUUUUAAAAGCAACAUUUUCAUUGUUACGGUUGAUUUCAAACAAAAGAGAUGAGAAGCUUUUCUGCCUUAGUUGAUUUUACUUUUGGCCUUAGAUUUCAAGGUGCCUUUCUGAUUGUUUAUUGAAACAGGCCAAUUAUUUUAUAUAACCAUGUCUCUUGUGUAACUCAUUAAAACACAAUGCAAUUAAUUGUUUUCAAUGUAAUCUGUAGGAUUCUACAGAUAUGGAGUUUCAAAUUCUUAAUGAAAUGAUGUAAAACUUGAGACAUGACAGAGCUGUUACGAAUUCAAGAAUGCUUGUUAUGAAUGAGGAAGAGUAUUAAUGCAAAGUUUAUUUAAAGAUUUUUUUAAGUUAAGGUCAGAUGUUAAUAGUAUUCAUAAACGUUAUUCAUGAAGGAGAGUCUCUAAUGUAAUUGUUUUAAUACAAGUUUUGUAAACUGUUUCAGAAAUCCAUUGUUUGCAAAGAAAAAGCCUGCAGUGCCGUUUUGUGUCAUGUGUAUACAAGUGCAAUUUGCAUGGCGGCAAAAAUGUAUCUUUUACACAUUGUUGCUCACAUUCUUGUCCUAAUUGAUUUUAUAUGUUUUUAAUAUAACAGCAAUUGUAUUUAUUUGACACUUGUCGGAUGUUGUCGUCCAUUUUGUUUCAUAAGGGAGUUUGAGUGGAGGUGGCUUGGUCGGAAAUUCAAAAAAAUUUGGUCAAACACUAGCAAAAAUCACGACUGUUAUUUUUUCUGCUUCCAGUUUGUGGCUGGUGAAACAAUAAAUCGGACUUUCACAAGUGUGA